UUCAUAAAAUGUUUUCUUCAUUCAAAUUACAUCGAGUCGAAAGCAAUUUAUAUGUCAAUUGGUGAGAAUAAUUCAUUUAAAGCGACGCAAUUGCAAACUUGUUCAUUCAACAACAAAAAAACUGAUUGCCUUGGCAACGUCUCGAUAAAUAAAACGUCACAUAAAAUAAACAAUCGUCGUUGAUAUUGCACCAGUUCAUGAAUCUGGCGGCUGUAUAGUGCGUUUAAGAAUAAUGGCGCUUUGUCCGACUUCAAUUAAUGAUAGCCCAUCCACCAAUUUGAUUGAUAAUGAUUCAGAUGACAGCUAUUUUUGCCAAGUAGUUUUCGAACUCAUUGAACGAAUCGGGAGAGAAGUCGCCUUCUAUGAAGACUACGAAUCAAAUAUUAGUGCAAAAGAUUUCAAACAUAUCGAACUACAAAUACAAGCACAACGCAUUGAAAAGAUUUUGGAUUUGUGCAUUGCCAAAAUUCCGCUGGUUUUUUAUAUCUCCAGUUUAAUUGAACAACCACGUGAUCAUCAUUUGAAACUACUCUUCUCGCGGCGUGAUGCACAACAAAUCGAACAAUUCACGCAAAAAUGGUCGAAUCUCACUGCAGACGCUUCGAAUAUUGAUUUCAUUGCUGACCUAAACGUAUGUCUUGAUAUUGUGGAAAAUAACGAUGCAGCCAAGGAGUGGCAAAAGAAUUCGUAUAGUGGGCAACGUAUCAUUGUCCUUUUAACGGAAUUGAGACGAAUAGCUUGUCAUCGUAUUCAAAUGACUGCUUCCACGGAAAUGGCCAGACAGAAGGUUUUGCACCAGAUUUGGGCUGCAAAUACCAAGAAUACGCGAAAACUCAAUCAGAUACGUCGUGAAAUUGAAGAAGAUCAACUGAAAAUGUCCAGCAUUGCCACAGAGAAACAAGACGAAAUCGAACGUCAUGAGUUUGAAAAGCGACGCCUUAUUCAUAAGAAUAGUAUGGCGCUCAAUCGAUUGGUAAUCGAAUCGAAUAAAGUGAUGACGGAGAUAUGUGAAAUUGGAAAAUGCCAUCAAAAUGCGGCUCAACAAUCGGUGUUGCGGGCCAAAGAAAUGUUCGAUACUUUACGAAAGAAUGAUAUAUGCGAGGAAAAUGAAGCGAUUCAGAAAAAAAUUGACCUAGAAAAUCAACUAAAGGACUUUUUGCAAGUGUACGAUCAGGAAAUCGGAAUGCGUAGCCAGAAGUUUCGGGAGUGUAAGAAGAGUCUAAUGCAAGAAGCUAAAACGUUGGAUGAUUGGAAGGAAAAGUACAAAACGCAAGAAGUUUUAUAUAAUAGAAUUCAAGCCGACAAAGAGGCUGAAGAGGAGAAGAGACGCGAACAGCGUAUUCUGUUAUUUAUGAUGAAUCGUGUAGCUCGAAUUAUACAACGGAAUUACCGACGUCUGUUGGCUCAGCGAAAAGCAAAAAAGAAAGGGAAAGGCAAAAAAGGUGGCAAAGGGAAAAAAUAA